UCAACGGCACGGCAGAUGGCUUUGAGUCUAACCGUGAACGUCUCCAGCCCUCCGUUAGGUGUAUUGCUAACUGCAGAACACAUCAAAGAUUAUGUCAACAUUUUGGUUGAAGAGGGUAAAGAUAUUCUGCGAAUUUCUGAAAAUGUCACGUUUAAUGAUGUGAAUUCCAUUGUUCGCUAUCUGGCUCGGGUUGCUACCACCUGCAAGCUCUAUGGCUUCAAUCUGCUGGAACACUGUGAGGUUGAUCACUGGUUGGAGUUCAGCAGCACAAGACUUGCGAGCUCUGCUUUGUUUCCUGCAGCAAUACAAGAGCUUGACAGUACACUCUCUCUCAGGACUUACCUGGUUGGACAUGAGCUGACCAUAGCUGAUCUUUGUGUAUGGGCAGCCUUGAAAGGAAGUAACCUUUGUCAGAAGCAGCUAAGCCAGAACACGACACCAGCUCAUGUUAAACGGUGGUACAACUUCCUUGGCUCCCAGAAAGCAUUUCAGUCUGUGGAUAAAAAAUGGGUCAUAGUAACACCACAGAAUAAAGCGACCAAUGAGAAGAAAGAGGAUCGUGGAAAAUUUGUCGAGCUGCCUGGUGCAGAAAUUGGGAAAGUAGUAGUAAGAUUUCCUCCUGAAGCCAGUGGUUAUUUACAUAUCGGAACAUGCAAGCUGCCACUCCUGAAUCAGCAUUAUCAAAUCAGCUUUAAAGGGAAACUCAUCAUGAGAUUUGAUGACACCAAUCCGGAAAAGGAGAAGGAAGAUUUCGAGAAGGUUAUCUUGGAAGAUGUUUCAAUGCUACAGAUAAAACCUGACCGAUUUACCUAUACCUCAGAUCAUUUUGACAUUAUAAUGCAGUAUGCAGAGAAAAUGAUUAGAGAUGGAAAAGCUUAUGUGGAUGACACUCCUGCAGAACAAAUGAAACAAGAACGUGAGCAAAGAAUUGAGUCUAAAAACAGGGCGAAUUCUGUGGAACAGAAUAUUCGAAUGUGGGAAGAGAUGAAGAAUGGAACAGAAUAUGGGCAAACCUGCUGUUUACGAGCAAAGAUUGACAUGACUUCCAACAAUGGUUGCCUCAGGGACCCCACAAUCUACCGAUGCAAAAAUACGCCACAUCCUCGCACAGGACUCAAAUACAGAAUUUACCCAACAUAUGACUUUGCGUGCCCAAUAGUGGACAGCCUUGAAGAUGUCACACAUGCAUUAAGGACAACUGAGUAUCAUGACCGGGAUGAGCAAUAUUACUGGAUAAUAGAUGCUCUGGAAAUUCGAAAGCCUUACGUUUGGGAGUACAGCCGCCUUAACCUAAAUAACACUGUAUUAUCAAAGAGGAAGCUUACAUGGUUUGUCAACGAGGGAUUGGUAGAUGGAUGGGAUGAUCCUCGCUUUCCAACUGUGCGUGGAGUCUUGCGGAGAGGAAUGACUGUUGAGGGAUUGAAACAGUUUAUUGCUGCUCAAGGUGGCUCCAGAUCAGUUGUAAAUAUGGAGUGGGACAAAAUCUGGGCUUUCAACAAAAAGGUUAUUGAUCCAGUAGCACCUCGUUACACAGCUUUAUUGAAGCGUGAGGUAGUGCCUGUGAGUGUGCCAGAGGCCAAGGAAGAAAUGAAGGAUGUGGCCAAGCACCCCAAGAAUCUGGAUGUAGGGCUGAAACCUGUGUGGUAUGGAACCAAAGUGCUAAUAGAGGGAGCAGAUGCAGAAACGUUCAUGGAGGGAGAAAUGGUUACUUUCAUCAAUUGGGGUAACAUUAACAUCACUAAAAUUAACAGAGAUUCCAGAGGGAAAGUUGAAUCACUUGAAGCAAAGUUAAAUCUAGAAAACAAGGAUUAUAAGAAAACAACAAAGAUUACAUGGUUAACUGAGACUCCACAAGCUCCAUUGAUCCCCACAGUAUGUGUCUAUUAUGAGCAUCUAAUAAGUAAACCUGUCAUUGGCAAGGAUGAAGAUUUCAAGGAAUACGUUAACCGAAACAGCAAGAAAGAAGAACUAAUGUUGGGUGACCCUUGUCUGAGAGAUCUGAAAAAAGGAGACAUCAUUCAGCUGCAAAGAAGAGGGUUUUUUAUCUGUGACCAGCCAUUUGAACCAGUUAGCCCAUACAGUUGCAAAGAAUCUCCUUGUGUACUGAUUUACAUCCCUGAUGGUCAUACCAAGGAAAUGCCUACCUCUGGUUCCAAGGAAAAGAGCAAACUUGAUGCAAUUAAAGUGAUUAAAACUGAUUCUGUAGCUGCAAAUGCAUCAUCACUUGAUGUUUCAUCUGCCUCAACAAAUGAUGCAGUGGACCUUGUUGCAAUUUACAACAAAGUAGCUCAACAAGGUGAGGUAGUGCGUGAACUGAAGGCAAAGAAAGCAUCCAAAGAAGAGGUGGAUAUUGCAGUUAAAGGACUGUUAACUUUGAAAGCUGAAUAUAAGAAAAAGACUGGUACCGAAUACAAGCCUGGAAAGCCACCGGCAUCAAUUGAUAGCCCUCUCUUUGCAUCCAAGACCAUGGACACAAAUAAUAGCAAUGUUCUGUAUGACAAGGUGUUUCAACAAGGCGAAGUUGUUCGAAAACUCAAAGCAGAAAAAGCACCCAAGAGUCAUGUGGAUGAAGCAGUGAAAACACUUAUAGCUUUAAAAACAGAGUUUAAACAGAAGACUGGGGAGGAGUACAAACCAGGGAAGCCACCUGCUGCAGUGGCAGAAGCAGUAACUCCAGCCAUGAGCUGCUCUACGGAAGCAUCUGGACUUGAUGAGAAAGCACUGUACAAUAAGGUGGCAGAACAAGGAGAAGUUGUACGCAAACUCAAAGCAGAGAAAGUUUCUAAGGAGAUGAUAGAUGCUGCUGUCGCCUUGCUCCUUAAUUUGAAGUGCCAGUAUAAAGCUUUAACAGGAGCGGAAUAUAAACCAGCUGCUGGUGGUGAUGACAGGAACAAAAAGAAAAAAGAAAAACAAAACAAAUCUGAGAAGCAGGAUAAAUCUGAAAAAUCUGAGGAACAGAAGAAAAUCACAAAAGAACAGGAGCAAGGAUCAAGCAGUGGAGGUACAGGUGAAGGUCAAGGGCCAAAGAAGCAGACCCGAUUGGGCCUAGAAGCUAAAAAAGAAGAGAAUCUGUCAGAGUGGUAUUCACAAGUCAUUACAAAAUCAGAAUUGAUCGAAUAUUAUGAUGUUAGUGGCUGCUAUGUUCUCCGUCCAUGGUCAUAUGCUAUCUGGGAAGCCAUCAAAGAUUUCUUUGACCGUGAGAUUAAGAAACUGGGUGUGGAAAACUGUUACUUUCCCAUGUUUGUAUCUCAGGCAGCCCUUGAGAGGGAGAAAUCUCAUAUUGCAGACUUUGCCCCUGAGGUAGCUUGGGUGACGAGAUCAGGAAAAACCGAGCUGGCAGAACCAAUUGCUGUUCGUCCAACAAGUGAAACUGUUAUGUACCCAGCCUAUGCCAAAUGGGUUCAAUCACAUCGUGAUUUACCAAUCAAGCUCAAUCAAUGGUGCAAUGUAGUGCGCUGGGAAUUUAAACACCCACAGCCAUUUCUACGCACUCGUGAGUUCUUAUGGCAGGAAGGGCAUACAGCUUUUGCUACUCGCGAGGAGGCCACAGAAGAGGUCUUGCAAAUUCUGGAACUCUAUACACAAGUGUAUGAGGAAUUGCUUGCAAUUCCAGUAGUGAAAGGAAGAAAAACUGAAAAAGAAAAAUUUGCAGGUGGUGACUACACAACUACAGUGGAAGCCUUUGUAUCAGCCAGUGGAAGAGCCAUCCAGGGUGCUACUUCACACCACUUGGGGCAGAAUUUUUCCAAGAUGUUUGAGAUUGUAUUUGAGGAUCCAAAGAAACCUGGAGAGAAACAAUUUGCAUAUCAAAACUCCUGGGGAAUUACAACCCGAACAAUUGGGGUUAUGACCAUGGUCCAUGGUGAUAACCAGGGAUUGAUAUUGCCUCCGAGAGUUGCUUGUGUGCAGAUUAUAAUAAUACCUUGUGGGAUCACUAACAAUCUCUCAGAAGAGGACAAAGAAUCAUUAAUAAAUAAGUGCAGUCAGUAUCUUGACCGGCUGACUAAUGCUGGAAUCCGUACUCGAGCUGACUUGAGGGAUAACUACUCGCCUGGCUGGAAGUUCAACCAUUGGGAGUUGAAAGGUGUACCCAUCAGGCUUGAGGUUGGACCACGAGACAUGAAAAAUCAGCAAUUUGUAGCUGUCAGAAGAGACACUGCCAACAAACUUACGAUUCCAGAGGCUGCUGCUGAGACAAAACUUAAGAAUUUAUUGGAGGAAAUCCAAAACAAUCUUUAUAACAGGGCUGCUCAGGAUCUAAAGGACCAUAUGGUUGUGGCUGACACAAUGGAACAAUUUCAGCAGGAAUUAGAUUUGGGAAAGAUUGUACAGAUUCCUUUUUGUGGUAACAUAGAUUGUGAAGACUGGAUCAAGAAAGCAACAACUAGGGAUCAGGAUAUUGAGCCUGGAGCACCAUCCAUGGGGGCCAAGAGUCUGUGUAUCCCUUUCAAACCUCUUUGUGAAUUAAAACCUGGAGCCACAUGCAUCAGUGGCAAGGAACCUGCUCAACAUUAUGUACUUUUUGGUCGCAGUUACUAACGAAGAUAUGAACUGUGGAGAAAAUCAUGUCUUUGUCUAUAAAUGUUUUUAUAAGACUAAUGAAUGACAGUUGCUUUAAUCUUUUUGUGUAUUUUUACCCAGAUAUAAGAAAUUAACUAUGAAUAACAAAGACAAAACCCUUACAGCCUAUUAAAUGUCAAAAAUAAAUCUAGAACAGAUACCCUACUUAACGUUAAUAAACAUUUAAUGAAUACAUUUCUUUCAUUGUGUUUUUUUGGUUUAAACAGUAUAAUGUAUUGGUACUAAUAUUUGUGUGUUGAUGAAAAACAAAAUUCCAAAUCUAUAUCUUAUCAAAGAGCUAAUUAAAAUGUAGAAAAAUAAAUUUCUAAAUAAGAUUA